AUGGAGGGAGACGUUAUGGACAAAGUGGAGGCCACGGCGACGGUCCGUGACUUCGACCCCAUCAGUGGGAGCAUCCCUGCCACCAAAGUGGAGAUCACCGUGUCAUGCAGGAACCUCUUGGACCGAGACACUUUCACCAAAUCUGACCCAUUGGUUGUCUUGUACACCCAGGGCGUGGAGUCCAAACAGUGGAGAGAGUUUGGCAGAACAGAGGUGAUCGACAACACACUAAAUCCAGACUUUGUCAGGAAGUACAUCCUGGACUACUUCUUUGAGGAGAAGCAGAACCUGCGCUUUGACGUGUAUGAUAUUGACUCUAAAAGCCCAGAUCUGGCAAAGCAUCCAACCGACUUUAACGACUUCCUGGGACAGGUCCACUGUACAUUGGGAGAGAUUGUGGGCUCACCUGCCAGUCGCCUGGAGAAACCUUUGGGUGGCAUACCUGGGAAGAAAUGUGGGACCAUUAUCUUGUCUGCUGAGGAGCUGGGAAACUGCAGAGAUUACGCCACAAUGCAAUUCUGUGCCAACAAACUGGAUAAAAAGGACUUCUUUGGAAAGUCAGACCCCUUCAUGGUCUUCUACAGAAGCAACGAGGAUGGCACGUUCACCAUUUGCCACAAGACUGAGGUGGUGAAGAACACACUUAACCCCGUGUGGCAGCCCUUCUCCAUCCCCGUCAGAGCGCUCUGCAAUGGAGACUAUGACAGGACGAUCAAAGUGGAAGUGUAUGACUGGGACAGAGACGGGAGCCACGACUUCAUCGGUGAAUUCACAACCAGCUACAAAGAGCUGUGUCGGGGUCAGAGCCAGUUAAACGUCUACGAGGUGGUGAAUGCCAAGAAGAAAAUAAAGAAAAAGAGAUACAUCAACUCUGGGACGGUGUCCCUGUUGUCGUUCAACGUGGAGUCAGAGCACACCUUCCUGGAUUACAUCAAAGGAGGGACUCAGAUUCACUUCACAGUGGCCAUUGAUUUCACUGCAUCAAACGGAAAUCCAUCCCAGUCCACUUCACUGCACUACAUGAACCCAUACCAGAUGAAUGCCUAUGCCAUGGCCCUGAAGGCUGUGGGAGAGAUCAUCCAGGACUAUGACAGUGAUAAGAUGUUCCCUGCCCUGGGAUUCGGUGCUAAGCUGCCCCCUGAUGGGAGGGUCUCCCAUGAGUUCCCUCUGAACGGCAACACUGAGAACCCGUACUGCAACGGCAUGGAGGGGAUUCUCGAAGCUUACCAUCAAAGCCUUAAGACGGUUCAGCUGUAUGGACCCACCAACUUCGCCCCUGUUGUUAAUCAUGUGGCAAGGUAUGCAGCAGCGGUUCAGGAUGGAUCUCAGUACUUUGUCCUGCUCAUUAUCACUGAUGGCGUCAUAUCAGACAUGGCUCAGACCAAGGAGGCCAUAGUGAAUGCAGCUAAACUCCCCAUGUCUAUCAUCAUUGUUGGAGUUGGUCAAGCUGAGUUUGAUGCCAUGGUGGAGCUGGACGGUGACGACAUCAGGAUCUCCUCACGGGGGAAGUUGGCAGAGAGAGACAUCGUGCAGUUCGUCCCGUUCAGAGAUUACAUGGACCGCACAGGUAACCACGUGCUGAGCAUGGCGAGGCUGGCUAAAGACGUACUGGCUGAGAUCCCUGACCAGCUGAUCUCCUACAUGAAGAGCAGAGGCAUUAAACCCAACCCCGUCCCACCAGCUUACUCGCCCGGGGACCGCCCCCAGUCCAACCCCGUCUGA